UAUAGGAAUUCUUUUUAAAGUAUUAACUUCUAACAUAUGUUACGUACCAUCUGAUUCUUUUCUGUUUAUUGUCAGAUUCACUACAAUGACGUUCGAGCGUUUUUACGUCACAAAACAAUACCAGCCAAUCAAAUCGCACAUCGACCGCGUGAAGGCUGGGCUACCUACUGUUCAUCACAGGCCGGUACUGGGCGUCAAAUCGGAGAGCGCCUGAUAAAGGCAGGGGCUCGGUUGAGGGUUUUCAUUGGACAAGUCGACCGGCGGAUCGGGUGUUCCGCGGUUAUAUCCGCACACAAAAGCAUGCUGGACCUCCACGAUCCGACAGACAUAAGCCGAGGUGAUGCGGAAGGACGGAUUUUGUGGGUGUUCUUGCUAAAAUAAGAACGAAUAUGACGAAGUAAAGAAUUACUCCUCAGCGAAAGCCACAUAGAGGAACCGCCCCCGGCAGUCCCUGAUGAGCAGACCUGGAAACACCGGCAGAUACAUCGGCAAUACCGCUGCCUUCUGACACGAGAUCAUGGAUUUCAUCCUGAGCGGGGUCGCGGCUUGCGGAGCCUGCGUUUUCACCAACCCGCUGGAGGUGGUGAAGACGCGGAUGCAGCUCCAAGGGGAGCUGAAAAGCCGGGGAUCGUACCAGGUCUACUACCGCAACGUGUUUCACGCUUUCUACACCAUCGGCAAGGUGGACGGGAUUGCGGGACUCCAGAAAGGACUCGUCCCGGGACUCGUGUAUCAGUUCGUCAUGAACGGUGUAAGACUCGGCUCUUACGCGAUGAUGGAGGCGUCGGGCUACAUCCAUACGAACGGCAGGGUCAGCACGACCAAAAGCACCGUAGCCGGUGCUGUUGCUGGCGUGGUGGGUGCCGUGAUGGGCAGCCCCAUAUAUUUGGUAAAAACUCAUCUUCAAAGUCAAUCUACCUCUUCCAUCGCAGUGGGACACCAGUACAAACAUCGGGGGAUGAUCCACGCCCUGGUGGCCAUUCGCAAGGAACACGGCAUUCUGGGACUGUGGAGGGGCUCUAGCGCAGCAGUGCCCAGGGUGAGCGUGGGGUCAGCCGCUCAGCUUUCCACCUUCUCCGCCUCCAAGGAGUUUGUUUCUGAUCUGCAGGUGUUUGCCAGGGACAGCUGGCUAGAGGCUCUGAGUGCAGGCAUGGUCAGUAGUGUGGUGGUGGUCUUGGCCAUGACCCCCUUCGACGUGGUCAGCACCCGUCUCUACAACCAGCCCGUGGACCAUAUCGGCAAGGGGCUGCUCUAUAGAGGAUUCGUUGACUGUUUCUCCUUGACACUGAAGAAAGAGGGUCUGAUUGGCCUGUACAAGGGGCUAGGAGCCUCCUACUUUCGGCUGGGGCCGCACACAAUUCUGUCCCUCCUCUUCUGGGACGAGCUGAGGAAGCUGUACUACCAUCACAGCUAGCGGCCGCCUACCAGGGAACUCGGCUCACCUUUAAACUGCUCGUUUUCGGGAACGAGUCUGGAGUUUCCCAUUCUUGGCAAAGAACCGGGUCAAAGUUUAUGGAGCUGAGACCACGCCAGUAAUGUCCAGAAAACCCCCCCCCUACGUAACUGACGCAGGUCGUCUGUCCUGAACCCAAGGCAAUGAGACACCCCUGGACCCGCCCACUCCGAUGCUUCCAUCCAAUGGCUGUGUGGAAAUUCUCUACAUACGUUCAAGUCAGUCCCUGUUGGGCUUUAUGCACUGUCACCCUCAUGUUACGUUCUCAUGUUUUAGACGUUUUUAAUCUGGGGCUGGUGUCGAGUUAAUAACAAAUGGUUUCUACAGUCUGCGCACAGCGGUUACGUUUUAUCACAUUGCCACAGUUUUUAAAUGCUUUUAACAUUCAUGACAUCAUCCAGCCUGUCCAUAAUGUGCAGAUAGUUUAGGAACAAACUCACCCAGAGUUUAUUAAAAAUAAUAGCAACCAUCCUGAAUUAGGGUUUAAAAAAAAACACAUUUUUUAAUCAAGUUUUCUAUGGUAAUGUGAGGUCACUCAUUGCCUUCCAUAUAAGGAAAUUUUGUUUGUUUAUGCAAUUGAGAAAUUAAUUUGUGUUUAAGAUAAAUCAUUACUAAUCAUUACUUUGAUUUAUUAAAAUAGGCACAUACUGUGAUCGUCUUCAACUGGAUUGUAAUAACUUAUUAAAAAAAAUUUAGUUUUCACAACAAA